AUGCCUUUAGGGAAACAAAUCCAUCCACUCAAGUACGGUAGUCAUCAUGAGCAAACAAUUUUUGACUUUCGAAGAAAACGGAGAGAUGGUGUGUUUUAUAACUAUGUUAAAAGACUUACGAAGAGUUGGAUAUUCAAAGGAAUCAUCUUCACAACGAUUUUAGCAAAUUCCCUUUUCAUGGCACUUGAGACAGAUUACCAAAUGGCAAACAAGUUCUUUAUAUUCUUUAAUGUGUCUGAACAGCUGUUCUUGGCCAUUUACACAGUGGAGUUCUUAACAAAAAUUUAUGUUGACCCAAUCAAAUAUUGGAAGAUUGGAUUCAAUGUGUUUGAUUUCAUCGUGCUCAGCCUAUCCUUUAUCUACCGCUUUCUUCCUCUUAAAUUUAAACGUUCUCUAUACUGGCUUCAUAUAGUACGACCACUCAGAACACUCCGGACAAUCUCAUUUAUUCGUGGCUUACAGGUGCUGUCUACUGCCCUGGUGAGUACGUUGAAGAGUGUUUUCUUCGUCCUGUUCCUCCUGUUUUUACUGAUGACUGUUUUUGCACUGAUUGGAUACUAUUUCUAUGGAAACACGGAUCACGGCGAUUACAAAAACUGGGGUAACCUCAGAUCUGCAUUCUUUACACUCUUCAGUUUGGUAACGUUGGACGGCUGGACUGAUCUUCAGGCUGAAACAGGCAGACUUGGCUUCAUGUCAAGUCGAAUUUUCAUAAUUGGUUUCAUCUUAGUAGCAUGCUACCUUUUCUUCAAUCUCUUCAUUGGAGUUAUCAUUAUAAAUAUUCGGGAAACAACCAAAGAAUUUAAUAAGGGAGUCCAAACUGAACGAGAGACAAUUUUGCUCCAAAAAAAGCAGGCUAUAUUACAGAGACAACAAUCGCACAUUACAGAUUUAAUGGAGAAACAGAAAACCAGCCAAUUUGAAAGUUUCAGCGAAAUGGUAGAAAAGUUCAAACAGACCUUGCGACACGAUGAUUAUGUUUUGUUGGAUGAUUUAUGCUCAAGUCUGUCAUUCAUAGAUAUUUACUUCACGAGCCUUGAUGAACAGGAUAAUACUUUAUACAAAUUACAGCAGCUUUACUUUGAAACAUCGUAUGUUCUGGGUAACUUAUUGGAAGUUGAUCGUCACCAAGAGCGUUCUGAAAAGAAGGAUGGAGAUGGGACCAGUAAUCCUACAUAAAUAAAUAAAAAGAAAACUACAUAUUUUUAGACAUGUUAUUUU